UUACUCAAAAGGCGCCAGCCAAUCGGCCGUAACAUAUGAUCGCGGGGCGCAAUUUUAGGAGCCCAUGAAUCAUGAUGCUGUCCAAAAUGGCCAAUGCUGCAGCCUGUUGCAGAACCCGAAGCUGCAGCUUGAUCAUUGAUGAACACUCAAACCGGGUGAAGAAGCCAGGAUCUGCGGGGCGCCGCUCGUUGACAUAACGAGUGGGGGCUGAAGGAGCCCAAGGCCUUAGCGUUGCGUUCCUUGUCAAGGGGUGGGUGCACCUUUGGUGAUUCAUCGAGGCGGCGAAGUUUGCUUGGAGGCUACAGCUGACGCGACAGCUGGUGUUUAAAGAGGUGCAGAGUGCCUGUCUGUGCAAGAUCUCUGAGACUGCUCGUCUCUGGAAGCGGCUAGCGGCUGAUUUCUACUUCCUUUGUUAACCAUAGUUUGCCAUCUUGUAGAAGCUGUCAUUGCGUUUGGAGAAGGGAGCGCUCUAGAUCCACACAAAAAGCAACUCAAGAGUGAACUCCGUGUUAUGUCAUUCAAAGCUUAAGAAGCCGGAUCCUUCAAUGGUCAAUCAUCUUGAACACUCUGCUCAACCAUUUUGCUCAAAACCUUUUGGGUUCAAAGGAAUGGUUAGGAAUUGAGCAAAGUCCACGGUGUUGGCUGCCCUGUAAAUGAGCGUGGCAACCCCCAGUCUGCGCCGGGUUGCCAGCUAUCAGGGGGAUCUCCUUGAGUCAGGCGGGCUGCCAGAUAACAGCAUGCUUGGGAAGAGCUCCUUUCCAGGCCCGCACCGCACUCAGCUGCCCCCCCGCGCAACGCUAGUCGGGGGCAGAUCAACAAUGGAGCCUUUGCCCCGAUGGAGAUCCCGCGCGUCGUUCCUUUUCACAUUCAUCCUCAUUGCGCUUUCGCUGCUGUACUUGUCGACGUUCUCAUACGCGAGCAGAGUCACUUUAGAGGGGACUGAAGCCAUAGGGUAUGGCAUUGUGAUUGAUGCCGGCAGCAGCGGGUGCCGGCUGCACGUGUAUAAGUAUACGGCGGGUCGGCCCGUUCCCCAGAUCUUUCCAGCAGAUCUGUCUCUGAAGAUCAGGCCCGGGCUCUCGUCGUUCGCCGACAAUCCCUCCGCAGCCGGCGCAUCCUUGACACAGCUGAUGGAGUUUGCCCGUGAGAACGUCCCGGCGUCAAAGCGGGCGGAGACACCCAUCUUUUUGAUGGCCACAGCAGGGCUGAGGCGAGUGGAAGCCAGCGUUGCGGAAGAGAUCCUGGAGUCUUGUCGGAAAGUGCUGGCCGGCUCGGGGUUCAUGUUCCGGCCAGACUGGGCAAGCGUCAUUUCGGGCACGUUCGAGGGGGUUUAUGCGUGGGUUGCCGCUAACUAUGCGCUGGGGAAUCUGGGCAUGCCGGCGGCAGAGACGACGGGGGUGGUGGAACUGGGGGGAGCAUCCGCACAGGUCACGUUUGUUCCGGAGGUGGCGCCCCCGCCCGAGUUCCGGCACGAUCUGCAGCUGGGCGGCCAUGAGUACAUCUUGUACACGCAUAGCUUCCUCAACUUCGGCCAGGAAGCCGCCAUGGACGGAGUGCUGGCGGAUCUUCUAGCCGGCAACGUCAAGCCAGGCGAGGUGGUCGAGGCCCUGGAAGAGGAGCUGGCGUCAGCGGACGUCAGCAAGCGUCCGCGGGGGUCCGCGCUAGUCGAUCCGUGCCGCCCGAAGGGAUACCUCUGGAAGGCGGAGGAGUUGGCGCUUAAGGCGGCGGCCGCCGCCUUGUCUGCAAAGGGCGACGAUGCGGGGAAGGAGCGUGCGCUGGAGGUGCUCGAAGCGGCGGGGAAUUUCACCGAGUGCCGGGCCGCGGCGGUCAGCCUGUUCAAGAAAGGCAGCGACGCGUGUGCAUUUGCCAAGUGCCCAAUCGGAGGUGCUUAUGUCCCGGAGCUCAAGGGGAACUUCUUUGCAACCGAAAACUUUUUCUACACCUCCGAAUUCUUCAAGCUGCCCGCAACUAGCACGCUGACGGAGAUCGCGGCCGCGGGUGAGGCGUUCUGCUCGGCGGACUGGUUGGCGCUGCAAAAGUUGCACGAGGGCGUGUCGGAGCAAGACCUGCUCAAGUACUGCUUCAGCGCGGCGUAUAUCACGGCGCUCCUGCAUGACGGGCUGGGCUUGCCCAUGGAUACCACCAAGGUCCGCUUCACCAACUUUGUGGGCAGUACGCCUGUCGACUGGGCUCUGGGGGCCAUCAUUUAUCAACUGAGCAACGGGAUUGGUGUGCAACCCCCAUCAGGGGGACGGUUAGGCGGCCCCUCCUUCCUGGCGGUGUUUGCGGUGUUAGGAGGGGUGGGAUUGGCCGUCUUUGCGUUUAGGACGCUCAGGGCUUACCGGCGUUCGACCGUGACGACCAUCUACGACCUCGAAAAGGGGCGGUACAUACUGACACCCAACCGCAGCUUCUAUAAAGCCUGAGUAAUCCGAUCUGAUUUGUUCAAUCUUCAGCUCGAUUCCAAGCAGGAGCUCAGUACUAGGAUUUAAUCAAAAACGUGAUCCCGGCCUCUACAGUCAUACUUCGCAGUUCUUUGCAUCAAGUCACGGCUGCACGCAAGCCUGCGCGACGGUGUUGCUUGAAGUCCCUGUUCGAUAGCUCGAUUAUUGUUUAGUGUACCGAUUGCUGGCUGCGGCAUGGGAGCCGUUUUAUUCAAGACGGUGCGCUUCCA